AUGCCCCGACCCAACAUCUGUGAAGAUUUAACGUUUUGUUCGGCUACUACUCAUCCACUUCACUCUCGUCCUCCUUCGCCUUUAACUUCCAGUGUCAUCGAGUUUGACAACAUCAUCGUCAACGAUCCUUAUCUCCAACCCCUCCUCCCAUUUAUCUAUGAACAAGACCGAGACCAUGAUUUCCCUCCGCUUCCCCUCCACCAUUCUCAACUCAAUGAUCUCGACUUCUCCCUUUACUCCUCUGAUACCCCAGACACAGACAACAACAACAGCCGCCCUUUACUCCUCCAUGACCUCCGCCCCCUCCACCACCGUAUUCCUCCCCUCCCCGCCUCUCCCACCGCAUCAGCUCCCAAACCCAAACGCGGUCGUCUCGACUUAGCCCCUUCCCACUCCGAAAACAACCACCCUCAAACCCUCGACUCCAUCGUGAAAAGCUUCAACGCUACUGCUCCUGUUCCGAUCAUCCCAUACAGCCGUCUCGCGAGGGAGAUGAGGCAAAAGCUGAGCGAGAAGACCCGUUGUCUCCAAAAGCUAAUGCCGUGGGACAAGAAGAUGGACACCGGCACCAUGCUCCAAGAGGCUUAUAAGUACGUCCGGUUCUUGCAAGCUCAAGUCUCCAUUCUCCAAUCGAUGCCCAUCACUUCCAGUUUCUCGUCGGCUCAGCAUGUUAAUGCUGGUGGUGGCUUUGAUGGGUUUGGGAGUUUGAACCGGCAACAGCUUUUGCGGGUCCUGUUCAACUCCCUCGUGGCGCAGACCAUGCUUUGUUCACAGGGUUUUUGCGUUUUUGAUUCUGAGCAGUUGGUUUCGCUUCACAAGGCCAAAGAGAUGAAAACGGUGCUCCAACAGUUCCUCUGUGGUAAUAUUAACUGAUGAAGAAAACG